AUGGGGAGACUUGAGGCCGCGGUCCUAGGUCCCACAGCCAGCAGAGAGGACCGGAUGCUGACAGUGUCAGGGGAAGGCCAGCAAGCAUCAGCCACUCCAGUCCCUGCCCGCAUCCGAGAGAUUGUGACCAGCAAUCUGGGAGAGGAGCCGUCUGAAGGAGUGCCAGAGCUCCCUACCCCUGGGACCCGUGUGCAGGAGGAGAACGAGCUUCUGCUGGAGGAGUUGACCCGGCUGGAGGGGCUGCUGGCCCAAGCGGGCACAGAGAGGGAAGAGCUGACCAGCAGGCACCACGCAGUCAGCAAGAAGCUGCAGGCCCGGCUGGAGAUGACCAAGGCUCGGCUGCAAAGGUCGGAGCUGGAGCACAGCAUGGACCUCGAGGAGGUCCUGGGCCGGCUGGAGGCCGCCGAGCAGAGGAGCACCGGUCUGACACAGGUGAACACACUCCUGCGUGGACAGCUGGAGCACAUGAAGAAGGCCAAUGACACGCUGGCGGAGGAGCUGGCCAGGACGGCAGGCAGUGCCCUGCGCCUGAGGGCCGAGUUGCACCUCCGGGAGGCAUGGCGGCCCAACAGAGAGGCCAGGAGGACAUACCCUAGGGAGUCCCAGAAACUAUUACUCCUGCAGAAACAGGCCACCACGCUCCAGGCACACCUGGCAGAUCUCCGAGUCACCACUGAGAGGGCUCUGACAGAUAUGCGGGCAGACGUGACCAGGACGGCUCGGCGGCUGCACACGGCCUGCCUGAACCUGGACUCUAACCUGCAGCUGUCAGGUCAUGCUUCAGCCAGCAGCCUGGAGCAGCAGCUUCAGGACAAGGUUCGGGAGAUGCUGGCACUGCAGGGCUGCUGGGAUGCUGAGAAGGUGGCCCUGCAGGCCAGACUCUCAGAACAGACCUUGAGAGUGGAGCAGCUCACGCAGCAGGAUGCCAAGAGGGAGGGGGCCAUCCAAGCCCUCACAGCAGAGGUGCAGAGAUUGGUGGCCCAGGCAGACUUGGGAUGUCCAGAGCUGGCACGGAGCAGCAGCCCAGAAGGCUAUGUGGCACUGGGCAGAUCAAGGAGCCCCCUCCACACUGCAUCCCCCCGGCCUUGGGGACUGUCUCCACCCAAGGCUCACUCACUGGGCACGCUAGAACCUGUGCUGCAAGCUGUGAGGACAGCCAUCGAGAGAAGGUGGCGACGGGAGCAGGAGUUGCACUUGCAGCUGGAGGCCUCCCAGGCAGUGGCGGCCAGGCUCCAGAAGCAGCUGUCUGAAUGGGAGCAGGAGCUCCAGGCCUUGCAGGAACAGGCCCAGGACCACGAGGCCCUCCGAGAGCAGCUGGACACUCACAGCCGGGAGGCCCAGAACUGCAGGGCAUCAGCUGAGCGCCUGGGGAGGGAAAAGGUGCUCCUGGAGGCAGAGGUGGAGGAGCUGAGAGCACAGGUGGACCUCACAGCUGCAGCAAGGCGUAGACUGGAGGCUGCGAACACAGAGCUGCAGAGGCGCCUGUGGCUGUGCGAGGAGCAGGGCCAAGAGCAGGAGCAGCGGAUCCAGCAAGAGCUGGACUCCAGCUAUGGUCACCUGGAACAGCUGGAGGGGACAGUCUCUGGGCUCAGACAGGAGCUGGUGUCAGCUCAGGAGGCACUGAGCACUGUGGAGCUGCGGCAGGAAGUGCUGGAGGCUGAAAGCGAGGGUCUGCGCAGCGCCCUGGCCCAGGCUGAGUCCAGCAACGCUGAUCUGGAACUGCUAGUGGCCCGGCUCAAAUCUGAGGGUGUGGAUCAAAGGGAAUCACUAGCCAAGAUGGGCACCCUAAUGGAAGGACUGGCUCAGGACAAAGUCGCCCUGAACCACGUGGUCCUCAAGCUGGAGCAGGAGCGGGAUCACCUGCAGGAGCAGCAGAGGGCACUGGAGCAGGAGCAGGCCAGCACACAGGGGCAGCUGGCAGAGGCCAGGGAGCAGCUGGAGCAGGAGCAGGCUGAGCACAGAAGUCUGCAGCAGGCCUUUAGACACCUGGAGGAGCAGCUGGUACAACUGGAGGAGCAGGCAGCUCAGCUCCGGCAGGAGGGGACACAGCUGCAAGAGCAGGUGGACCAGGUCACAUGCCGGAAACAAGCCCUGGAGGAGCAGCUGGCACAGAGCUUUCAGGACCAGGAAGCCCAAAUGAACAGCCUGCAGGAAGCCCUGAGGGAGAAAGAGGCUUUGUCUGAAGAGCUGGCCCAGCUGCUGGCCAAGCAGGAAGUCCUGGAGAGGCACAGCCAGCUCACAGCCAAAGAGGCAGCUGACCUCAGGGCAGAGAGAGACUCCCUGGAGAGCAGCCACUUUGAGGCCCAACAGCUGGUAACAAAGCUGAAGGUGCAGCAGGAACAGCUGGAGAAAGAGGUCCAGAAUGCACGCUUCACGCGGCAAGCUCUACAAGUGGACCUGGAGCAGUUGAAGAGCUCGGGGGAGAUCCGGGAAACAGAGCUGCAAUGGGACUUGGAGCAGCUCCGGCAGCAGGUGGCACAGCUGGAGCGGGACUCACAGCUGGCCCUUGAGAGCCAGGUGCUGGCCCACCGCGAGGAGCUGAUGAGGCUGCAGAGGGACAAGGAGACUGUGAGUCUCACACUGACAGAGGAGAAGGAGAUGGCCAUUCACCAGCUGGAACAGGAGAAGGAGCUGGUGGCAAAAGGUGUAGCUGACAGGGAGGCUCUGAAGGAGAAGAUCCAAAACCUGAAACAAGAACGAGAUGAGCACCUCCUGCAGCUGGAGCAUGAAAUGCAGCAGGUCUUGGCCUUGAGGGAAGCAGAAGGGAGCCUCCUAAGGGAGAAGUUAUCUGCGGCCUCACAGGAGCUGGAGCGGGUACAGAGGGAGGCUCAGGGUCGGCAGGAGCAAGCGGAGGCCACCAUCUCCUUGCUGACCAGAGAGCUGAGGGCCCUGCAGGCCCAGUUUGCAGAUGCCAUCUCUGCCCACCAGAGCGAGGCCUCAUCUCUGAGCAGUAGCCUCCGGAAGCUGGCAGCAGAACGGAGCAGUGAGGGGAGAGAGGCUGAGCAGUUGCGGGCACGGCUGGACAUGGCCCAAGAAGAGCUGGUUACACUGCGCUGGGAGCUGCAGAAUGUCAAAGAGAGCAGAGAGGCAGUGCGCAGGGAAGCCCUGGAGGCCCACCGGGCGCUGGGUGAUGCGGCUCGAGAGAAGGGCAUGCUGCAGAUGUCCAACACAAAGCUGCAUGCUGCCGUGCGCACAGCUCAACAGGAGAAGGCCAGUCUUAAGCGCUCCAAGGAGGAAAACAAGCAGAAGGUGCUGGUCCUGGAAGAGGCACUUACAGCAACUCAGAAGGAGGUGGGCGAGCUCCAGGCCAGGCUGCGAGAGGUGGAAGAAGCCAGGGUGGCUGCCAGCCGAGGGCUCCAGGAGCUUCACACGCAGGUGAAGAGGGGCAGCCCAUCUCCACCCUCAACUAUUAGACCCUGCUUGGGCACCGGGACUACCGAGUGGAGGCCCAGGCGGUACUCCAACCCCGCUGGCCCCGGCACUGCCCCACAGGUCAUCCACCUCCCCCUCUCUGCCCAGGAGCACUUGGUGUCACUGGGUCCACAGACUCCCCAGUGUCGUGGCCCCAUUGGAGUAGAGGAGGGUGUUUGUGGCGUGAACCAGCAUGUCGGCUUCAGAGGCACUGGUUAUGUGAAGGUCCUGGAGGCUGAGGCCCAGAGGAAGGGCCAGGAUGCUGCCCAAGAUGCACAGCGGAGGCAGCAGGGCCAGCAGGAGGUGCUGGAGUUGCAGAGGAAGGUGGCUGGACUGGAGGCGGCCAGCAAGGCAGCCAGAAAGGAGGUUCUGGGGCUUCAGCAGAAGCUGACUGAGGCAGAAGCCACCCAUGAGGCCCAGGCAAAGCAGCUUGGGACACAGGUCCAGGAGAGCCUGGCAGCUGAGCAGGCCCUGCGGGCCGAGGUGCGGAGAGCUGCCCAGAAGCUGCAGCAGGCGAACAGUACAGCCCAGGGGCUGCAGGCGCGCCUGGACGGAGCGGGUAGCCGGAUCCGAGACCUGGAGCAGGAGCUGAUCCAGUCAGAGGACGGGAGGCGGGAGGCAGAGACCCAGCUGGACCGACUGUGUUCCACACUGCGCCGAGGCCUGGGGCUUAGGGGGCGCAGCCCCUCAGUCUCCCCCGAGCGGCCCAGCUCCCCCACCAAAGGCUUGAACAGCUCACCAGCUCGUACUAGCCCCAUUGCCAGAUCCUGCUUGCUGCAUCAAUGGCCUCUACGUGGUCCUGGGGACAGCAACCUGGAGGUCCUAGAUGUGCCCCGUGUCCGGGACGCACUCAGAGACUUUGUGCAGAAACUGUGGGACACCCAGAGAGAAAGGGACGAAGCACGCUGCCAGGCCAUGAGUCUGAGGGGCCAGCUCAGGGAGGCAGAGAGUGCCCUGGCCCGAGCCCAGACCCGUGCUGCACAGCUGCAGAAGGUGCUGGCUGAAGCCAAGGAAGGCCAACGCCAGGCGGAGAGCAAGGUGAGCAGCAUGAGGGCAGCUCAGGCCAUGCGGGAGGAAGCUGCUCGGAAGUUGGAGGCUGAGCACCUGGCAAGGGCAUGGGCAGCAGACCAGGAGAGAGGCCACCUCCAGAUCAAGGAAGCCAGUGUCCCUGACGGCAUAGCCAGUGGGAAGGUGGAGCUGGGCCAGACCCGGAAAUCUGGCCUCCAGACCUGCCCUUCUUCCGUGGCCCCUUAG